UGGAUAGAUAAAAAGUGCCAACUCAUACCAUGAGAAAAGGUGUCCUAAUUUCUCCUCGCUGCUUCGAGUUCCGAACUUUGCUCUCUCUCUCUCUCUCUCUCGUUCCUACAAAAACCAUUAAAAACGUAAAAGCUCGUAGUCCGAUAAAUCUUCGAUUCCGUAGAAGACAGGUUAAUUGAUGAAAUAGAAGAGGGGGCUGAGCUGGAAUUCAAGGGAUAUUAGAUAGCUGUCAAGAUUAUGGCUUGUAGGGGGUGUUUGGAGUGCAUACUGAAGCUUCUCAACUUUUUGCUGACCCUUGUGGGUCUAGCUAUGGUUGGUUAUGGAAUCUACUUGUUUGUUGAGUAUAAAAGAGCAGCUGAUGGUGAGUCAUUGGCACCUGUUAGUGGUGGUUCGGAUUUGAUACAACUUGGUCGUCCGAUGCUUAUGGCUGUGUCGUUUUCAGAAAGCAUCUUUGAUAAGCUGCCAAAAGCUUGGUUCAUAUAUUUAUUUAUUGGUGUAGGAGUAAUUCUCUUUGUCAUCUCAUGUUUUGGUUGUAUUGGAUCUGUAACACGGAAUGCUUGCUGCUUGAGUUGUUAUUCAGUAUUGGUCAUCUUGUUGAUAUUGGUGGAACUGGGAUGUGCAGCCUUCAUUUUCUUUGACAAAAGUUGGAAAGAAGAAAUUCCAACUGACAAAACUGGAGUUUUUAACGACAUAUAUGAUUUUCUGAAAGAAAACUGGAAGAUUGUGAAAUGGGUUGCUCUCGGUAUAGUUGCUUUGGAGGCUCUACUUUUCGUGAUAGCGCUGAUGGUUAGGGCAGCAAACCGGCCAGUAGAAUAUGAUAGUGAUGAUGAGCUUAUUGCCCCAAGGCAACAGGUCAGGCAGCCUUUGAUUAACAGGCCACCAGGUCCAGCAGCAGGUGUACCUGUUGCUGGAGCCCUUGACCAGCGUCCUAGCAGAAAUGAUGCUUGGAGCACACGAAUGAGGGAAAAGUAUGGACUUGAUACUUCAGAGUUCUCGUACAACCCAUCUGAGUCACAGAGGUUCCAGCAAGUACAGACACAGCCUGCAGAAGAAAGGAGCCGAUGCACAAUCAUGUAAUGACUUCAUGGGUCUUGCAGGAUUGAUAUCUCUAACUUUCUUUGGACGGAUUCAUUGGACAAGGUGUGAGAGAGUUUUGUUGUUUUUGUGUACAAUAUAUCAAUUGUUCAGGAGUUCUUACAUGUCUACAGAUUCUACACCCUUCCCCUCUUUGUUAUCUUCUUAAAACCCACUUUCUUUCUGUGUGCGUUGUCAUUGUUGUUCAAAUGGAUUGUCCUGCUCUGCCAUUUUUGUUCAUUUUUUUCUUCUGUUUCUGCUAAUUUGAUGAAUUCUUCUCUCUGCAUAAUUUUGUGGGUGUUGUAUGUAUGCUGGCUAUACCAUCCAUGUCCGUUUCUGUAAAGUAAAUAUAUCUUUAUUGUUCUUUUCUAA